CUCAAAAAUAUGAUCUACCCAUCUACUCUUACAUUCUGUUUUCUCUGUUUUGUUGGUGGAUUCAAUGCUUCAUUUAUAACUCAACCCAGAGCUGUUCAAGCAGUCCAGGUUGGAGAUAAUGUCACUAUAGAAUGUUACUUGCCUAAGACAGACUUCAACACUAUGGUGUGGUAUAAGCAGGAGCUUGGCAUGAUGCCUGAACCCAUGGCAAAAUGUUAUAAUUACCUUAGGGAAAUUACAUUUUUGGAUGGAUUUAAAAAUGAACGCUUUAAUGUUUCAAUAGGCCAAGGAAUUUUUCACUUAACAAUUUCUGCAACAAAACAUGAGGAUACAGCUAUGUAUUUCUGUGGCAUCGUAAUGUUAAAUGAGUUGCGAUUUGGGCCAGGAACAUUUUUGAUGAUAAAAGGAGUACAGUUCAACACUCAAGCAGUUCUACAGAAGCCUAUUGUAGAGUUAGUCUCUCCAGGAGAUACUGUCACUCUGCAGUGUUCUGUUGUGAUUGGAGAACCAAAGUGUGCAGAACCACAUCGUCUCUACUGGUUCAGACAUGGCUCAGGAGAAUCUCAUCCAGGAGUCAUAUACACUCAUGGAGACAGCAGUGAUCAGUGUAAGAAAAGCUAUGAGGAUGGCUAUUCUACACAGAGCUGUGUGUAUGAAUUCUCAAAGAGGAACCUCAGCCUCACUGAUACUGGAACUUACUACUGUGCUAUUGCUGCGUGUGGUAAAAUAUUAUUUGGGAAUGGAACCAAACUAAACAUUACAGAUAACUCUGUGAACACUUUCAGUCCAAUAUUUCUUAUACUGGUCUUGACCAACAUCAUUUCAGUGUUGUUGAUUAUCAUAACCAUGGCUAGUCGAUGUACAAAGCAAAACCCUUCAUCAGGCUCUCCAAACUGUGAGAUGUCUUUGGACACUCAUGUUGCAUGUGAGGAAACCUUGAACUAUGCAGCACUGAGUUUAGCCAAACCACUGUCCUCCAGAGGCACUAGAACACAACAAAUGUUAGACAUCGACAUGUACUCCCAGGUCAAAUAUGAAACGGAGGGGAACACCCCCAGGAAUUUCUUGGGGGGCCUGAGGCUGUUGAGCCUGGACCGAGGAGGACAGAGGGGCACCACAAAGACCAGAAAGAGGGUGGGAGCGGGAUCUUCUGAGUCCCUUCCCUUAAGCAGACUUGCCAGUGAGAAUGGAGGGGUCUGCCCAAAGCUCCAGAGGCAAACCAUCUCUGGGACACUCCUAGAGCGGCAGGCGAGAGGAAGACUGUCGGGGAGGUUACUUACACAAGUAUGUGAAGAAGAAGCUGAAAACAUGCUGACCAUUGGAUUAAUUUUACUCCUUUCUACAAUCACACUUGCAAAAACACAAAAAGGUCUUCACCGAGAUGGUGCUGUAGUGUUUGCUAAGGAAGGAGGCAAUGUCACAAUUACUUGCAUUUACCAUAAUACUAUGGCUAUGCAUUUCUCAUGGUACAAGCACAAAUUCGGACAAAAGCCUGAACUCAUCUCCACUAUCUACAAAUAUGAACUGAAGGCCACAUUUUAUUAUGAAUUUAAGAAUAAUCCUCGUUUUUCCAUGGUGAAUGAAAAUGGUAUGACUCAUCUGGAGAUAAGAGAGUUGCAGCUCUCUGACUCUGCUACAUAUUACUGUGGAAGUGCUCAUUCCAACAUAAUAGAGUUUGGGGAUGGAACGGAGGUGCUUGUACAAGCUUCACAGUCCCAUAGCCUGUCUGUUCUCCAGCAGCCUGUGUUGGAGCCAGUUCAUCCAGGAGACUCUGUCACUCUGCAGUGUACAGUCCUCACUGAGAGCUGUGCAGGAGAAGACAGUGUCUACUGGUUCAGACAUGGCUCAGGAGAAUCUCAUCCAGGAAUCAUUUACACUUAUGGAGACAGCAAUGAUCAGUGUAAGAAGAGCUCUAAGGCUGGAUCCCCUACACAGAGCUGUGUGUACAAGCUCUCCAAGAGGAACCUAAGCCUCUCUGAUGCUGGAACUUACUACUGUGCAGUGGCCAUUUGUGGGGAGAUACUCUUUGGACCUGGGACUACACUGAAUAUAAACAUAACAGGGGUGGAUUGCUCUGACCAUAUGCACAAUCUGAUUUUUCUUUCUAUCAUUAGAACUUCAGUUCUGCUGUUUAGUGCUGGCCUCAUUUCCAUAUACUGGUAUACAAACCAGAGAAGAAAUAACUCAUUUUCGGUUACUUUCUGAAAAGUCUACCAGAUAGAGACACCACAUUGGACAAUAGCUGGUGAGGAAUCACACCACCAGCAGUGACCAACUUUGACCUGAAGACAUUGUUUUUAAUGUAGUCCACAUUAUAGUACUGAUUAAGCUUUAGAAAAUCAUUGUGUACUUAUUAGAUGCAAGACAAUAGGUUAUUUUACAAUGUCAAUACAACUGAGUCAAAUUAAAACAUUGGCUUCCUUUCUUUUUUAUACUCAUUAUUCCAGUUACACUGAAGUCAACCAUUAUGUCUGUUUGUCUCAACACACUUUUUUUCACAAUGUAUCACACAACCCGUUGAAUAAAAGCUUUUCUUUUUU